AUGUCUGGGGACAUAUUGACUGGGGAGAAGGUGCUACUGGUAUCUAGUGGGUGGAGGCUGAGGAUGCUGAUUUCGACUGCUUUCUCUGUGUUCCUCAUAGGCAAAUACGUGUAUCAGCCUAUGACUCCCGUGGAACAGCUUCCAAGCACUGAGAUUCCUGCGAAGCCUCGGGAACCCACAAACACCAUUCAGAUCUCAGUCUCUCUCACUGAACACUUUCUGAAAUUCGCAUCCGUCUUCCAGCCUCCCCUCCCACCUGAUUCACCAAGGUACUGUAUGAUCUCAGACCUCUUUAUUGACAACUAUCAGGUUAAAUGUAUUAAUGGGAAGAUGUGUUAUGUGCAGAAGCAGCCAGCACCACAUUCCCACAAAAUGAGCCCUCAGGAGGUCUCUGCACACGAUGCCUUAAUUUCAAAAGAGAGCAAUACGCCAAAAAUAGAUCACUGCUCUUCUCCCUCAAGUUCUGAGGACUCCGGGAUCAACGCCGUUGGGGCUCACUGUGUGGAGUCGUGUGAUGAGGACACGGAAGGAGCGGAACUGAGCUCAGAGGAAGACUACAGCCCAGAGAGCAGCUGGGAGCCCGAGGAGUGCACCCUCCUCUCGCCGUCACAGUCGGACCUGGAGGUGAUCGAAACGAUGGAGACCACCGUGUGAGUCAGGCAGGAGGCCGCGCCCGGGCCCCAGCUGGGCAUUUGUACUUUCGUUGGAUGGAGCCUUCUUCCAGCGCAGUUGGUGUUUUCUACCCUACUCUAACCACCAUAGCAGCUCAGUGGUCUGCUGAUUAGCUUCACUCUUAAAUUAGUCUUAUAACUAAGGUAUUGUUUUCUUUUGUAUCUUGACUUACUUUCUAUGUAGCAUCUAUCUGGUGUCAUGAAUUGUGACCCAGCCUUAAUUUCACUGGGAACUUUGUGAGCGAUGAAGUGCUGAUCACAGAGUAGCGUGGACCAGGCUGAGGAGCUACCCAGAGUGAAGGAGACAGUAUUUUCUAAACACCCAGUUCUUCACAGGAAAACUCUUGGCAUGCAGUUCCUCUUGGCAUGCUGACGGGCACCGCUGCUGCCCUGCUUGUCCCAUGUGGGAAUGGCAUGAGCGAGGGCAACAGACUGUGCCCUGGUAGAUGUCGUUCUCUCCCUUUCCCUUUCUCCUCACCACUGCACAGCCCAGGGCCAGCUGCCUGGCUGACUUCUAGGAGGGUAGUGAGGGCCAGCUCGGCCCCUGGCUGUGGCCAGUGUCUGCACAGCCCUCCGUCACCUGGGGCUGAACUAGACCUUCAUUUAAGGAGACGACAUCUUCAAUUUCAUGCUGAAUCCAGCUUUUGCUGAGUGCGUACACUCUACAGGGUGCUGUGGGGAUACAGAAUGAAUAAGACCUGACUCCCCACGUGAAGGAACCACGGGUUAAUAAUGGAGAUAAGACAUGCAGGUAGCAUUACCCAGGAUGCUCUGGGAACCCAGGGAAAGGAGAGAUGUACUUGGCUUGUAGCUGGGGAAUGUGUUGCAGCAUUUGAGCUGGUCUCUUGGGUGGGUUUCCCAACAUUUCCCUGCUUUUCUUAAUUGUCGUUCAAAUCUGGGAAAAACUUUUAGGAAGUUAUACAGCUAUUAUAUUUAGGAGGCAGCCACAUCUGACGUCUUAAGAAAAUAUCAGUAAUAGUUUUAGUUAGCAUGGAAAUGCUAAAGACAGCAGUCCUUUAGGGAUUAGGAAUGAAUCUAAUAGGUUUGGUGAAUUCUGCUUCAUUUGGUUGUAUGAAGCAUUAGAAUGGCUUAGGUGGGAAAUGGAUUAGAAUUCAUUACAAUGCAUGGGUUUUUAUGCAAAUACAAAAGCAGUUGAAAUAGUUCACUGCUAAGUCAGGAGAAAAUAUUUUGUGUAGUCAUUCAUUUUACUACAGUAAUACUCAUGGUCUGUUUUACAUAUUCCCUUUUCUCACACAUACAAAAUAGUGAGUAAUUCUAUCUUAUUUAGCUCUCUUCAGAAUUCUACUCCCAGUCUCCAUUUAUACCAGGUGUUCUUGUGUGUGAGUUGGUUAUUUGCCAUUCCUCCAAAUCCUCUCUCUCUGAGGCAUAGUUAAGAAUCCAGGAAAUUUAACAUAUGGCCUAAUGAAACUAGAACUAUCAGAGUUGGAGAUAGAGAGCUACUUCUUAUAUCCUAACUACCCAUGAGUGUGCUCUGUCGGCAUUGUGGCACCUCUCUUCUGUGCUACGUUAGUUUGUAUUUUAAGAAAUAAGAGGAGGUCCAUUGUGUUCCUCCCUGAAGCCUCCACUUGGGUUCCUUCACAAAUCACUAAGCAGACUCUGCUUUCCUAGUUGUAUGUGUAGUUCAAGUGGUUGGCUAGGACACUCAUUAGGUUUAGGUGCCUAAACAUCCAGAGGGUCUAGACAGCAGAGUAUGCAGGUUCCUCUGAGAACAGUGUCAGCUAAAACUUUCUAAGCUAGAUAGAAAGCAUAAGGAUUCCCACUUAUGAAAUGUAAGACUCAACAAGUCAAACCAUUAAAGUGGUGAGGAGCUCCAGGAAUGGGGCACAGUAGAGGGCAGGUGGGGGGGCAGUGAGGGGCUUCCACCCUGGCCUGGCCUCCCAGCCCAGGUGGCUUAGGGACAGAUACCUGCUGAGCCCCGCCUGAGGUUCUCAGUGCCUCCCAUGAUGGAGUGGCCAGCUGAAGUGAGCUCAGAAGCUGUACAGACAACUGUUGUUAUUCAAGGUGGUAACAGCAACGUCAGUGUCCUGUCUACCCUCCCCGCACGCCCCCCCCACCCAUGGGUGAUCUCACUGAAUUCCCCAGUGCACAUACAGAGGGUUUUCUUUCUCUGCACUGUUCCUACCAGUUCUCUGCUCUGGGCCCACAUUCCUCAUUCCAGUCCAUUAAACUAAUUGGAGUCAACCACCAGGUCUUUAAACCCAUGGAAAUUCAUGGUCACAGGGCCCUGUUUCUGAAGCUGGCUGUUCGGGGUUGGGCCUUUUACCAAUAAUAUCUAUAACUUUUAAAACUCUUGAACUGCCAUUCAGAGUAGCCACAAUUUUAAUGGAUUUUUGGAUUUAAUAAUGGUUGAUAACACUUUAAAUAUUUGCACAAUCUCUUUAUAAUUAAAAACUCACUAAGCUUAGCUUACUACUGUAUACUUUAUAGAAAUUGGAGAUGUUCCAUUCGGUUCUAAAUAUUAGAUGCUCCUGGAUCUCAACCUUUUCUAAACAAGCACAAGCAAGAAUUUUGUUUGUCCUAGUACUGUUAAUAUUAAUAAUUCUCUAGAAAAUCAUAUAUGAUUGAACCAGAAUUGUUUCUUUAUGCUUGCAUUCCAAAAACAACUGACAAGGAUAUAAAAAUGUGUGGUUUCAACUUAAAUUCUAGCCUGUUCUGUUCUAUAUUAUAUAAAAGAAUUUCUCUGUAAUCCUGAUAUUAUAUUGCUCUUUUGUAUAAGCAUAUUUAUAGGCACUUUAGAAAAUAUUUAGAUGCUACGUGUAUUAUAGGCAUUGGAAACAGUCAUGUUAAAUAGCCUUUUGGUUAAUACUUGUACACUGAGAGAUAUGGAAGCUUUUGAUUUGGACCUGGUGGUGUGCUCACCUGAACAGAGGGUUGGGCUGUGCAGAUGGAGAAACUGCUUUCUUGGGCUUUGUAAAAACCUGGCCCCAUUUCUACUUUUUGAAAGUUGGUGUAAGAGGUGUUAGGUAGAAGAUACAAAAUAAGUGCUGUGUGGAAUUUAGCUUGCUUAUCGCACCAAAAUUUAUUUUAGAAUUUUCAAGUUUCAAAUAUGCUCAUAACUUCUCUGAGAAAUGACAAAGCAAUUAAAAUGCUUUGUAGUUGUAGUUAGUUGGUACAUUAACAAAUACGGCUUUACCAUCAAAUCUAGAUUUUUUUUUACCUUGUAAUUUUCAAGAUUUGGAAAGAGAGUUUGAGGAAAACUCUGAAGAAAAAAAGGUUGCUUUCCUAGAAAGGGAAAACUUGUGGUUCAAGGUAAUACUAUAGAAAAUAAAAGCACUAAAACCAGAACCUAGCCAUGAAGUUGUCCUGAAGUACCUUUUGGAUUUGAUCUAAGAUUUGAUUCUGGCUGGGGGGUGGGGUUUUAUUUCUUAACCUCCCUUCCUGGCCUGUUUGAAGUAUCCCGGUUUUUAUGGAAUUGAUCAUAACUACUCCUCUUAUGCAGAUUUCUCUAUUUGGGUGAUAGGAUACAACCAGAUAAUUUAAAAAGCUGUCAGAAUACCCAGAUAUGUUUGGCAGUAUAAAUACCACUAGCCAAGGAAAAAAGCGUACGAUAAAAUAAUAUUUAUAUAGUCAGCUCUUGGUUAUUCCAUCUUGUUUGCAAAAUUUUAUUGAAACGUUUUGGCUACAUGAGGAAAACAAAAUUUUAACUGUGUUCUUUCCUACUCCCCUCCCCAGAGGAGCUGUGAACCACAAUGAAGGAGGCCAGCUGUAUUUGAGGCUUUUUAGAAAGUAGUUUGUGAUCAGUGUCUUGCCCUUGAGGAGGGGAGAGGGAAGUAGGAGUUCUGCUCGCUUCAUCAGUGCCGUGAUCCCAGGGAUGUCAGCAUUUCUCACAUCCAAGCAUAAGUACAAGGAUGCUUCUCAAAAUUAAUACUGGAAUUUUAAACAUUUUAUAUGCCAUGGCUCCCUUUCAUUAUGGAUAAUUGAGAGUGGACUGUAUUAGGAAAGGGCCAUGUUUCUAUAGCGCUUUGAGUUCCUUUUUCUAUUAAGGUGGACGCAGUGCUCUCUGAUAUUCCGAACAAGUCUGAAAGCAGAUCAUCUCUAGAGAUUUAAUACUGAGCUUGCAUAUCAUUCUGUUCAUACACUUUUUUAGGCUGUUCUUACCUUACAAUAUUCACUUUCUGUGUUAUUUUUUAAAUUUGUCUGUUUUAAAUUUUUAAGCACAAUGUUGACCAUUCUGUAAUUUCCUAAAAUUAUAUUGUUUUCUUACAGACAGCUCAACUUUCCUUUAUGUAAAGUACUUUAGGAAAAUAACUACCUUGUAAAAUAAACGUAAUUUUUUUUCUUUUGUACCAGCACAAAUUUUA